AUGGAUAAGUCAUGGAUGGAAGAGAAGAGAGAAACCCCACAAUUCGUAGAAGGAUUUAAUAACUUUUUAGAGUUUGCCCUAAAGAAUUGUAGCGAUCCUGAAAAAAUUCGCUGUCCUUGUGUCGAUUGUGGUAAUAUAUCAAAAGGAAAUAUUACCAUGUUAAAGAAUCAUGUAUUUUGUCGUGGAAUCGAUAAAAGUUAUACUAAAUGGUAUUGGCAUGGGGAAUCGAUGAAGGGAGACCCAUAUCCGUUAGGUAGGCGAGGGGUCGAUGAUCAUUUUGAAAGUAAUGAUUGUGAUGAUCAUCCUACAGAAUUGCUUGAUGAUGCUCAAGAAGAGUUUAUUCAUGAUCCUGAAAAAUUUGAUAGCAUGGUUAGAGAUGCAGAUAAGUCGUUAUUUAGUGGUUGUGAAAAACGCCGACUAUCAACUAUGGUGAAAUUUUAUAACAUAAAGGCGGAGAAUGGAGUAAGUGAUAAGUGUUUUAGUCAAUUUCUAUCUGCUUUUAAAGAGAUCCUGCCGAUGGAAAAUUGCUUUCCAGAGUCGACAUAUGAGGUGAAGAAAACUUUAAGUUCGAUAGGGUUGAAGUAUGAGAAGAUUCAUGCAUGUCCAAAUGAUUGCAUUUUAUAUCGUAAAGAGCAUGCCCACAUGGACACUUGUCCGGAAUGUGGUUUGCCACGGUACAAGCCGAACAAGAGUAAGGAGAUCCGAAAACUUAUUCCAGAGAAAGUCUUGUGGUACAUGCCUUUAAUUCCGCGACUGAAGCGGUUCUAUCGAAGUGCAGAAACUGCUGAAAACUUAUUAUGGCACGAGAAAAGGCGAGUGAAAGACGGUAAACUCCGACAUCCUGCUGAUUCACAGGCUUGGAAAAAAGUAAAUUAUUUGAAUCCAGACUUCGCAGCUGAACCAAGACAUCUACGGCUUGGUCUAUCAGCCGAUGGAGUAAAUCCACAUAGAUCUCUUAGCAGCCGACAUAGUUCAUGGCCUGUGUUUCUUGUUAUGUACAACCUUCCUCCUUGGUUGGUGAUGAAAAGGAAAUUUACGAUGUUAUCGCUAAUGAUUUCAGGGCCUAAACAGCCGGGACAUGAUAUCGAUGUUUAUUUGGCACCAUUAGUUGAUGACUUGAAAGAGUUGUACGCAUGA